AUGGCGAAGAUUGCCGGGUUUGCAGCGCUCUUCCUUGCAUUCGUGACCACAGUGCUCGCCGACCUCGGCGGCACCGUCCUCCGUACCCGCACACCGGCGCCCGAGCCACAGCUUGGCUCCGAACCUCUGGUCGUGCGCCUGCAACGUGUCGAAGGCUUGCACAGCUCGCACUUCUAUGUGGGAAGGUUGUCCCUGGGUCAGCCCAGGCCACAAGAGCUCCAGGUGCUCUUCGACACCGCCUCGGGCCACUUGCUCGUUCCACACUCGGCCUGCGCAAGCAAGGCCUGCAACAAGCACAAGCACUACUCGCCCUUCCUUUCCAGCACCGCCAUGGAUGUCAACACCAACGGCAAGCCCGUGCGGGAGAAGGAGCGUUUGGUGACGGGCAAGGCCGUGAGAGACGCGGUGACUGUGGAGUUUACGCAGGCCGACCUCGGUGAGGGUGCAGCCCAAGCCGUCCUGGUGCAUGAUGAUGUCUGCCUGGGCACAGAGUUCGGCCACCAGGUCUGCACCAACCUCGAUAUCAUGGCUGCAGUCAAGCUGGACGACGAGCUCUUUGAAGCCAUGCCAUAUGAUGGUAUGCUCGGGUUGAGCAUGGCAGGCCUUUCCACGGGAACCGGAUGUGUCUUCUUCCAGCGACUCAUGGAGUCGAACCCCUCGAUGCUGCCACAAUUCGGCUUGUCCUUCGGGGCACAGUCCGGAGAGAUCUUCUUCGGUGGCCACGACUCUUCCCGGAUGGCAGAGGACUUGAAGUGGUUCCCGGUGCUUCAUCCGGACGAUGGGUUCUGGGAGGUGGCGAUCAAGAGUGUCCGCCUGGGAAACCUCACUGUGGAUGCCUGCAACCAUGGCCGCCGAGGCAUCAUCGACACCGGAUCCUCGCGACUCGGCGUCCAGGAGAACAAUUUCCAAGCCCUCCGCGCCGCCUUGUCUCACAGCCAGGCCCUGGUGGGCGGUGGCUGCCAGGGCCCGGACUUGGAGUUCGACCUCGGUGACAUGGCCUUGAGGCUCCGGGUGGAAGACUACGCCACGGGCUCCAACUGCGAGCCGCAGUUGGGAUCCCUCGAGCUGGAUCCCAAGGACUACCAUGGGGUUUAUGCCUUUGGCGAAACCGUCCUUCGGAGGUAUUACGCGGCCUUCGAUUGGCAGGAAAGGCGCAUUGGCUUUGCACCUGUGGCACAGCGCCGUGUGCAACUCGGAAAGGCCGCUCCUACGACCGUCUUUACCGUCUAA